UUAGCUUUUAUGAUAGCAACACGGCCAGACCAACCAGCCACCAUUACCAUGCUAACAUAUAGCAGGCUAGCUCAUAAUACAUUAGCGGACGUUACGCUAACCCGAGCGUAGUCGUUGAUAUGGUCAUUGGGUUAAUCUAUCGCACCUUGUUUUUAGAAGCUAAUGUCAGUGUUAGGUAACUAGCUACGCACCUAGCUAAGUUAGCAAGAUAGUGUUAAACAUCAGUGGGGGCUUGAUACCGUGUUAGCAUCUUAUCCAGCUCAGUCAUGCAACGCAACAUCAAGCCAUCAAUAAAGUGAACUGUCACCUGCAAAUGGAAAGGUUUUCAUUACACCGAAAACAACUAGCGCAAGGUACCGAAACAGUCACCAAUGGCAACCAAAGAGGGAAAACAGUGGUGGGAUCCAUAUGAAACAUCUCACAGAAGACAAUUUGUCUACCGUCCAAACUCAGCUGCAGAGAUUCUGCUGUGCCCAACGUCAACUUCAUUUAUAGGCUCCAAUUCACAGUCUAGACCUUUUGGUUCAACUGUGUACAACGAGGAUUUUUGCUGGAAGCCAGCCUGCAAACCUGAAUGCAUUCGCACAGGAACCGCCUCAGGGCAGAGGAGAAACAACCCGCAUCCCAGUCAGUCUUUCAUCAUGUGGAGGCUGCCUAGGGACGCCACACAAAGCUCUGAGUAUGUCAGCUUUCCUUGGAAAUGUCCCCCAUCUGAGGAGGAGAUCCGUAAGGCCUUGACAGCACAGUACAGCUCCAUCUACAGAUGUGACUACAUGGGUAUGCCUCAAGGAUGUGGUCAUAUUAAACAAGCAGAAAGAAGACUUACACCUCUGCACAGCAGGCGUGAAAUGCCGCUUUCUACUGAUACAGAGAUGAGGGACAAUUACCGCCAGCCAAAACAAAAACCUGAACUGCUGGACAACUACUCUCACUUCAGCUGCAGCACACAUCCUAACAUGGCCUGUCGUGGUAUAGUUCCAACUGUUGUGCAAAGGCAUACUCAGCAGAAAAGAUUAGAUUUGACCAACUACGACUGUGGAAAGAGAGUCACUGAUGUCACAUGUGUGAUAAAGUCUCUGCUGCCCCGGGAGCUGCAGCAAUUACACAGAAUUUUACCUGAGGAGGAAAAGGAGGCUUUAAGAACAGUUUUGAGUAAAGAUGUGUACCCAAACAACAAUGAGAAAGUGUGUAAACUCCCAGCUGUUGGGCUUAAGUCCUGCUCACCAGAGAGGAUAUCAAGCUGGCCAGGACCUCUCUGAACCUCAUGGCUUAUAUUAGUUGUUUCUUUAUCUGUCUUUGUAUUUAGUGUGUUUUUAUGUAAUUUAUUUUCAUGGUAGGGGUAAAACUGUAAUAAAUAACAUGACAUAAUAUAACCAAUAUACAUAAAUGAACAGUGUCUUGCAGAAUUAGAUUGCUGUCAUUUUUGUGUGGAACUCGUGCGUUGUGAUAAUUAAACAUCUCUGCCUGAUG